AUGACGGCACUUCCGGUCCCGUUGCCCUGAGCGAAGAUGGCGGCAGUGGAGAAGCGGCGGUUGGCCGUGGCCCCGGCGGCCAAUUUCAUAGACAGCAGCCGGCCCUCGGUGUCCGGGGCGGCAGCAACGACCGAGAGCGAGGAGGACUUCCUGCAGCAGCUCGGCGUGACAAAAAUGCUGCGCGCAGCCCUGUUGAAGGUGCUGGAGGCCCGGCCCGAGGAACCGAUCUCCUUUCUGGCGCACUACUUCGAGAACAUGGGCCUCAGUACGCCUGCAAACAGCGGCGCCGGGGAGCCCCCGGGCCAGCUCCUGCUUCAGCAGCAGCGCCUGGGCCGCGCGCUGUGGCACCUUCGCCUGGCUCACCACUCCCAGAGGACGGCCUUCAACAACAAUGUUGGUGUGGCCUAUGAGUGCCUGAGCGCCAGUGGGCGCAAGAAGAAGCCGGGGCUCGAUGGGCGCACCUACAGCGAACUGCUCAAGCGCAUCUGCCGAGACGGGGAGGCCCCCGAGGAGGUUGUAGCCCCCUUGCUGCGCAAGAUCCAGUGCCGGGACCACGAGGCUGUGCCGCUGGACGUCUUCCGCACCGGCAUGCUCACCUGCUUCGUGCUGCUGGAGUUCGUGGGGCGGGCUGGCGCCCUCUACCAGCUGCUGGAGGACCCCAUGCUGGCCGUUGCUGACCGCCGCAUGAGCCAGGCAGUGCUGGACACCCUGGAGGGGGUCCUGCAGGCCAGCAGCGGCGCCUCUGCUCCCACCCACUACCUGGAGGCGGGCUCACGCCUGGGGCCUGACAGCCUGGCGCUGGCCAUGGACCGAGCUCUGGUGGCUCGGCGGCCCAGCUCCCCCAUGACCCGAGAGGAGUUCCUGGAGAAGGCUGCUGCCCUCUUUAUCGCCAAAGUCAAGCCAGUGGGCUGAGCCCCUCCUCACCUGCCUCCUCCACCCUGACAGCUGGGGACCCUCUGAGGCCUGGCUCGCCUGCUCCUGGGCAGAAGAACAUGGCUAUGGGACCAGGACUGGGGUUUCUGCAUGCAGGGGGGGUGCGGAGAGCCCUCAGCCAGCUUCGGCCCUGGAAUGAUAUUCUAGCCCCCUUCAGGGGGCGGCCAAGGGUACCUGAGGUGGACACCCCUCCCCACAUACCUGUAAAGGCCCCUCUCCUCGGCAACAGUAAUAAAAUCUGUAUCCAAAGCAGA